AUGAACGUCAAUCGCAAGUUCGAUCGCUUCAAGCAAUGGGCCGGGGAGAGAAUGGGCGGAGAGGCCAAAACCACCCUCUCUGAUGACUUCAAAGCCAUGGAGACGGAGAUGAACGUGCGCCACGAAGGAAUUGACCGUAUCCACAAGGCGACUGGCUCUUACAUCAAGUCCAUUUCGAAGCGGAGCGAAGGUGACGAUAAGGAAAAGACCUUGCCCAUUGCUCAUCUGGGUAGUAGCAUGGUUGGCCAUGGCGAAGACUUCGAUGCGAACUCUGACUACGGCCGCUGCAUGACCAUGCUUGGAAGGGCUGAGGAGCGCCUGGCUCGUCUCCAGGACGCUUACAUCUCGCAGGUGAAUGCGGGGUGGCUUGAGUCGCUGGAGCAUUCCUUGACUCAGAUGAAAGAGUACCAGGCUGCUCGCAAGAAGCUGGACAGCCGACGUCUGGCCUACGAUACGUCCCUCUCAAAAAUGGAGAAGGCGAAGAGGGAAGACUUCCGCGUGGAGGAAGAGCUCCGGACCCAGAAGGUCAAAUAUGAAGAGGCCAAUGAUGAUGUGUCUCGGCGCAUGCAGGACAUUAAGGAUUCCGAAGUUGACGGUGUUGCGAACCUGGAAGCGUUCCUGGAGGCUCAGCUUGACUACCACGAGCGCUGUCGUGAUGUUCUUCUGCAACUCAAGUAUGAGUGGCCAAACAGAGCUCAGCCUCCCAGCACCCGUCGUCCAGGACGCCCUCGCUCAAACACUGCGCAUUCCUACCAUGAACGCUAUGAACCACUACAUGAGGAGACCGAUAACACGGCUGAUCUGCGUCCUAUCAUCCGAUCGACCAGGGCAUCUUCGAUCGAGCCCUCUGCCAGAGAGGUCUACCCGCCAGAUGCUUACUCUCAGAGACCUGUUCUGAACAGAACCUCGACCUUUGAGGGACCUACGCAGUUGCGCCAAGAGCAAUCCCCUGGCACAUACCAAUGGCCAUCUCGCGCAGCCAGUGACAACUAUAUUGGUCGCAGAAAUAGCGUGCAGUCCCGGACCAUGGGCAGACCAUAUGUUGAUCCGUACAUGGAGCAGUCAGAGGAUGCUAGUCCUAUUAGCGGCACCAGUCCCGAGAGGACGUAUAUGGGCCGGAACCCAUCUCCAGUCUCUUCGUAUGGAGGUGCUGUCUCGAGAAAGUCCAGCUCUACUACCUUGAACGGCACACCACUGAACAAGAAGGCCCCUCCACCCCCGCCUCCCCGCUCCAAGAAGCCUGCGCCGCCACCGCCUCCCAUGAAGCGCCCCAUUCUCAGUGCAGGCGAGUACUGA